CUCAUUGGGCAUGAGGAGAGUCUCACGGAGAACGCCAUCUUGAGGACCACAAUACCCGGGAUGGAAACUCCAAAGAUAUCCGCCGACCCGCUCUGGGACCAAAGCGUGGAGCAAGCGAACAAGACGUAUUUCGUCAACGAGUACGGUAACUGGACGGGUAGCGGCCUGUUCAUGACCAGCGUCAGCACCAUCGUGCUUCCCGUAGUGUACUUCAUCGUCUGCGCCAUCGGACUCAGCGGCAACACUCUGGUAAUCUACGUGAUCGUGCGUUACGCAAAGAUGAAGACGGUGACCAAUAUCUACAUCCUCAACCUGGCGGUAGCCGAUGAGCUCUUCAUGCUGGGACUGCCCUUCAUCGUAGCGCAGAAUGCCCUGAGCUACUGGCCCUUUGGCUCCAUCAUGUGCCGGCUGGUCCUCACCAUCGACGGCAUCAACCAGUUCACCAGCAUCUUCUGCCUGACGGUGAUGAGCGUGGACCGCUACCUGGCCGUGGUCCACCCCAUCCGCUCCACCAAGUGGCGCCGGCCACAAAUAGCCAAGAUCAUCAACGCGGCGGUGUGGGCCAUCUCCAUCGUGGUGGUCCUCCCCAUCAUCAUCUACUCCGAUCUCCAGAUCCACAUGAACACCUGUAACCUUGACUGGCCCGAACCCAAGGCGGCUUGGUCCGUGGCCUUCAUCAUAUACACAACAGUCUUGGGCUUCUUUGCUCCUCUCUUAGUGAUAUGCCUUUGUUACGUGAUGAUCAUCAUCAAGGUCAAGUCAUCCGGCGUGCGUGUUGGGUCGACCAAGAGGAGGAAGUGCGAGAAGAAAGCCACCAGGAUGGUAGUCAUCAUUGUGGCCGUGUUUGUCAUCUGCUGGCUUCCCUUCUACAUCCUGAAUAUCAUCAACAUCAUCACCACGCUGCCCGAGGACCCCUUGUGCAUGGGGAUCUAUUUCUCCAUGGUCAUCCUCUCCUACGCCAACAGCUGCGCCAACCCCAUCCUCUACUGCUUCCUGUCGGACAACUUCAAGAAGAGUUUCCAGAAGGUCCUGUGCUCCCGCAAGUCCGACGGGAUCGAGGACGUGAACGAGCAGAGGCAGGAGAAGAGUCGCUUCCCCGACACGUGCACGACGCAGAAGCUGUCCGAGCACAACGGCUGCAUGCAGACCAGUCAGGUUUAACCCCGUCAAUCCGUGCAACUCCUUGCCACCGAGCUCCAGCUGCCGACAACCAAGUCAGUGGAUACAGGUGCUCCCUGAUUUACGAUGCUUCCACCUACAACACCUCGACUCUACGAUGGGCAAAC